CAGCUGAUUGCUUAUGCAAAGGCAAACAAUAAGGUGGUUAUUGGUCCAGCUACUGUUGGAGGGAUCCAAGCUGGUGCUUUCAAGAUUGGUGAUACUGCUGGAACAAUUGAUAACAUUAUUCAGUGCAAACUUUACAGACCUGGAUCUGUAGGCUUUGUCUCAAAAUCUGGUGGUAUGUCUAAUGAAUUAUACAAUACAAUUGCUCGUGUGACUGAUGGAAUUUAUGAAGGAAUUGCAAUCGGGGGAGAUGUUUUCCCUGGCUCUACCCUUUCUGAUAAUGUUUUGCGCUUCAACAAUAUUCCACAGGUUAAAAUGGUGGUUGUUCUCGGGGAACUUGGUGGACGAGAUGAGUAUUCCUUAGUUGAAGCCUUGAAGCAGGGAAAAAUUAACAAGCCUGUUGUUGCCUGGGUUAGUGGAACUUGUGCUACGCUCUUCAAGUCAGAAGUACAAUUUGGUCAUGCGGGAGCAAAGAGUGGUGGUGAAAUGGAGUCCGCACAAGCAAAGAAUCAAGCACUCAGAGAUGCCGGAGCUGUGGUUCCAACCUCAUAUGAAGCUUUUGAAGGAGCAAUCAAAGAUACAUUUGAAAAGCUAGUUGAGGCAGGAAAAACAACUCCUGUAAAGGAAGUUUCUCCUCCUCAAAUACCUGAAGAUCUUAGCACGGCAAUUAAGAGUGGGAAAGUUCGGGCCCCAACUCAUAUUAUUUCCACAAUAUCUGACGAUAGAGGUGAAGAGCCAUGCUAUGCUGGUGUACCCAUGUCAUCCAUUGUGGAGCAGGGACUUGGUGUUGGUGAUGUGAUUUCCCUCUUGUGGUUCAAACGGAGCCUACCGCGUUAUUGUACACGUUUUAUUGAGAUUUGCGUGAUGUUGUGUGCUGACCAUGGUCCCUGUGUCUCUGGUGCCCACAACUCCAUAGUAACUGCCAGGGCUGGGAAAGAUCUGGUUUCAUGCCUUGUUUCCGGAUUGCUGACUAUUGGUCCGCGAUUUGGUGGUGCUAUUGAUGAUGCUGCUCGGUACUUCAAGGAUGCUUAUGACAAGGGUCUUACACCAUAUGAGUUCGUGGAAAGUAUGAAGAAGAAGGGCAUUCGUGUGCCAGGAAUUGGCCACAGGAUUAAGAGAGGUGACAACAGAGAUAAGAGAGUGGAACUACUGCAGCUUUAUGCUAGGGAAAAUUUCCCUUCUGUUAAGUACAUGGAAUACGCUGUUGAGGUUGAAACUUACACACUGUCAAAGGCAAACAACCUAGUCCUCAAUGUCGAUGGUGCCAUUGGAUCCCUCUUUUUGGAUCUCCUUGCCGGCAGUGGAAUGUUCACCAAGCCAGAAAUUGAUGAAAUUGUGGAGAUUGGUUACCUCAAUGGACUUUUCGUGCUGGCUCGUUCAAUUGGGCUUAUAGGGCACACAUUUGACCAGAAGAGAUUGAAGCAGCCUCUGUACCGUCACCCAUGGGAAGAUGUCCUCUACACCAAGUGAAGAGUCUCUCGAUAACAACAGACAGAAAGUUGCCUGCUCCCAAUCUAUAUUUUUCACUCAAACUAUUUGGUUAGCCAUUUGUUGUGUGAGUGAUUCAACAAGCAUUGCUAAUUUGCUAGUACUCCUGAGAGCUCUGGUGAGCAUUUCAUUUUUUAAGUUCUUAGGGAGAUGCCAAAAGACAACUCUCAGUUAUCACUCGUGAUCAAUUCUUAGUUCCACACAAGUGUUUUCUUUUUUCC